GGAUUGUUGUUUAUAGAAACCGGAAGAAGCGCUCACCUUGACUUGCAGGCGAAACACAUGCGCUGCUGGUUAAGAGAAAAAAAGCUGAACACUGAAUGAUUCCUGAAUAUUUCAUCGAAAACCUUCAUUAGGACUACUCCGACAUCUUCCAGUGCGUUACCGAGAGUGAUCCCGUCUCUCUGCUUUUAUGUUUUCUUCUAGGAAAACUCGUCAUCUUCUAGCUCGCUACGUGAAUGGUUAGCAAGUACUGUAGUGAUCAAUACUACACUUUCUGGACUCGCCUCCUAUCCAGUCAUGAGGACCCCUGUUGUGUUUGUCGCCAGAAGCUGCAAGGCUGUUCACAGACUCCAACAAAGUCCAUUUUUCUCACCAAUUUCAGCUUUAUCGAGACACCAGAGGAUCUCUGUGCUGAGGCAGACGAGCACGCAUCCCUGCAAAGACGACAGGAGUUACUACAUAACCACUCCCAUCUUCUAUGUCAACGCCUCUCCUCAUUUAGGACACCUAUAUUCAGCUGUCAUAGCGGACUGCUUUCAUAGGUAUAAGCUGCUUCAGGGCUUCGACUCAAAGUUUGCAACAGGCACAGACGAACAUGGCUUGAAAAUCCAACAAGCUGCUGACACUGCAGGAAAAGAUCCCCUGACCUUCUGCACUGAUGUAUCUGAGAGAUUCAGACAUCUCUUCAGCAGAUGCAACGUAUCGUAUACAGACUACAUAAGAACCACAGAGCAGAGACACCGUGAGGCCGUAGAGCAUUUCUGGUCAGUGCUCUGGAACAAAGGGUUCAUCUACAAGGGAAGUUAUGAAGGCUGGUACUCCACCCAAGAUGAAAGCUUCCUCACGCCAUCGCAGGUGGGUGACGCUUUGGACUCAACGGGGAAGGAGAUCAAGGUAUCGCUGGAAAGUGGCCACAAGGUGGACUGGAUGAAAGAGGAGAACUACAUGUUCCGUCUGUCUGCAUUUCGGCCUCAGCUGCUUGACUGGCUCAGAGGAAAUCCUCGGGCUAUACAGCCUGAACGUUUCUACCAGGCUGUUCUCCAGUGGCUGCAGGAGGACCUUCCUGACCUCUCAGUCUCCCGUCAGAGAAGCCGCCUUCAGUGGGGCAUCCCAGUCCCAGGUGACGCCGAACAAACCAUCUAUGUGUGGCUAGAUGCUCUGGUGAACUACCUUACUGUGGCUGGCUAUCCUAACAAACACAAGCAAUGGUGGAACGUUGCCCACCACAUUGUCGGAAAGGACAUCUUAAAAUUUCAUGCCAUCUACUGGCCAUCCUUCCUUCUAGGAGCUGGACUGCCGCUGCCACAGACGAUACAUGUGCACUCUCACUGGACCGUAGGAGGAAAGAAGAUGUCGAAAAGUUUGGGUAAUGUGGUGGAUCCUCUAGAACGCUCACAGAUGUUCACAACUGAUGGUAUGAGGUAUUUUCUUCUGCGUCAGGGUGUCCCAGACUCAGACUGUGAUUACACAGACGACAAAGCUAUCAAGCUGCUCAAUGCAGAGCUCGCCGACUCUCUCGGUGGUCUGCUGAACCGCUGCACAGCCCCAGCCCUUAACCCAGCUCAGGUCUACCCCUCUUUCUGCCCCCAAUCUUUCCCAAAUCAACUCGGAGGCAGAGCUGUGGUUGAAGACUACCACAUGUUGGAUGCUGUGAAACAUCUCUCUGCUUUGGUGGAGCAGCACUAUGAGAGCAUGCAUGUUUACAAAGCUCUGGAGGCCAUCAGUGCCUGUGUGAGGCAGACCAACGGGUUUGUUCAUCGCCAUGCACCUUGGAAGCUGGAUAGGAGGGACAUUAAAGACCGGCGAUGGCUGGACACCAUCAUCCAUAUCUCCCUCGAAUGCCUGAGGAUUUACGGCACACUCCUCCAGCCAGUAGUGCCAGAGAUUUCUAACAAGCUGCUGUCCAGACUUGGAGUGCAACCAGGCGAGAGGAGCUGGGCAGCUGUGAACUUUCUGCCCAGGUAUCAGGGAAUGGACUGUCCCUUUGAAGGGAGAGCGCUAGGAUCUGACUCUGGGGUGCUUUUCAGUCGCUUAGAGAGACAGAAUGUAGAUCAACAAAAACCUAAAAAAACAAAAAAGGCAGCAUAAAUUAAUUGAAAAUUAUUUGUUCUCUGUGAAAUGCAAAGAUUCAGUCAAUAAAGAAGUCAAACCUG